AUGGGCUGUUGCUUCUCCCGCCCCGACGGGCCCAACUCACCCUACCCGGGCGGUGACGACAAUAACGCGGCGUCCGCUCACCCCAUCAACCAGGCGCCGACGACAGCCCAACACGCAGCCCCCUACGAGACCCCCGCCACAGCCACCGUCAACGUCAGCAUCCCCCGCACAACCUCGCCCUCACACCAGACUCUGCCCGUCCAGUCCCGCCGCCGCUCUCGCCGCGAGAACGCUCCGCUCGACGAGCACAUCAACAAGCCCCUGCGCCGUCAUGCCUGGACCUCGACCUCCCGCACCUGGACGCGCGCCGCCCUCGCCCGUGAGCGCACCGACUUUUUCGACACGCGCGUCACCGGCCGCGCCGAGGUCUGGGAGACGCUGCACGCCGCCCUCCGUGUUCUUUGGGACCCCGCCGCCCAGGGCGCCGCCGACGACGGCACCAACGGCCUCGCCACGGCCCAAGGCUUCCUCACCGCCGCAGAGGUCACACUGCCGACGGGCAACCUCGCCAACGGCGUCUAUGACGCCCUCGGCAAUUACUAUCCGCUGCCCGAGUGGGUCGUCGCCGAUCCCGACAACGUGGCCGAGGACGAGACGGACGCCGACGCCGACGAGGCCCGCAGCAGCACGGGCCGCGACAAGGAGGACCUGACGGGGGGUGAAGACACCGAGGAUGCAGACGACGAGGCCGCCCGCCGCCGCGAGGAGAAGGGCAAGGCCGUCGACGACGCGCAGAACCGUGUCACGGUCCUCGCGCGCAUCAGCGACACGUCGCGCGAUAUCUCCGUUUCCGUGAACGAGGCCGACACGAUGCGGACCGUGGCGCGCAAGAUUCAUCAGCAGUCGGGGCUCCCGGAUACCAAGAUGAUCCGCAUCGCGUACAUGGGCAAGCUCGCCAAGGAGAGCACGCCCCUUGCCGACCUCGGCUGGACACGAGGGCACGUCGUCAAUGCCUUUGUUUUCGAGCGCCAUGCGAGCUGA